CACUGCCUCCCAUUACCUCCCUCCACACAUUUUUGCAAAAAGUUUCAGGGAAUUUACUGAGCUGUGGUUCACAUUUAUGAUCCUGCAGGAGCCCUUGGAUCCCACGUUAAGAACCCCUGUGAUGAGGCAUCCUUCCUCUGGGUUGAGUUUCUAUAUGGAGGCUCAUUCAUAGGCCCUUGAGAGGGCUUAACCUGCAUUGGCUAUUUGUAGGCUGAAGUUUGGCUUUGCCAGACCAAGGAGCAUAAAGGAAAAACUGGCGUGUGCCCUUGGAUUCUGGAGGGUGACUGCUGCUCUCUGUAAUAAAGUAUGUUUAAACAAACUGGUCCCCUAUGGGCAGGACAGAGAGGAUGGGCUCUCACUUGUUUGCCUCUUUCCUGGCUGCAGGAAAAGCUUGAACAGUAAAACUUCAGCACACACAGUAGAGGUGCCCAGAGGGAGCCUCUGCCCUGGUUUGUAAGUGGAGUAAGGUGCUGCUGACAUCUGUGCAGCAUCUGCUUGACUGGGGGCUCUUUCUCUCCCCUGAAAGCCAUCCUCAGCAUGGCCCAAUGCUGAGUGGGCAGGAAGAGUCCUGAGCAUGCUUCACUGGCUCAGACACAAUGAUUUGGUUCUUUGGCCUCCGUAACCAGCCCUACUGGGUUUAUGGAAAAGGGACAGGCAGGGGUAAAGCCAGGUCACGGCUAAGUCUAUCUCAACAGAUCCAGCUUCACCUGCAAGUGACCAUGCAGGUGACUGCAUGAUGGUGACAAAAUGAGUCAUGGCAGGGUGGAGGAGGGGAAAGGAUAUCAUAGAAUUUUCCAUGAGCACAUUUAUGAGACAUCAAGUUAUAACUGUGUCCAAGUGAGACACAGUCUGACGUCCAGAAGGUAAAACUGAGCUGGACGCUAGAAAGAAAAUACAGGUUUAAGACACGGAAUUGGGAUUCUCUGGUGGGGUAGCUCCUGCUAAUUUGGAGAUGUACCCUCCUUGCUUCCCUGGGUAGUUUUAAUUGGCCCUGCCAUACCUCUGGUGGCUUUUGUCACUGUGGGAACUGCAAUGGUCUCUCUCUGUGCCAUCAUAUUUCAUCCAUCCUUUAUUCAUAUACCCUAAACUAUAAGAAGAAAAGGAUGAGAUUAGACCAAAUGUCUAUGUAUAGUUUAUUUUCCAUCAUGGCAAUAUAUUUUAUAGUGGGGGUGAAUAUUUUAGCCAAAAGGAGUUGAUGGAACCCAACUUGCUCUAGCCCUGCUCCUUGCAGGCCUCUUGCUGUGAGUAGUUAUCUGACUGGCUCCUCUUUCAUUGCUAUCUUUGCCAAUAAACACAGAUAGAGAAGUUUACUUCCAUCGGGACACAUCCAUCUUUUCUAGUUACUUUCCAAAUGUCUGAAGAAUAUUUAAAACCAUUAAUUAUUUUCUUAAACCUGACCUUCCCUCUGUUUCUAAACUCACAUGUGAGGUGAUCUGAUCCAAAAUGAAAGCUGACUUUUGGUGUAACAUGGAUUCAAUUAAUCCCAGACAUGGAAACAUGGAAGAAUCUGACAGGAUUCAGUUUCUAAUCAAAGGGCCCCUGUUUUGAUUCCCAAAUAUUGUAUGCAUUUCUGAAGCCAAGUAUGAGAAGAGAAGAAGCAGCUUCCUUUUCCCAUUGGCAGAAGCUUCUCCAGCCCUAGCUCUGUGGUCAUCCCUCCAUCCCCUUGCAGGAAAAUCACUCAUUGCUUUUUUUCUUGCAGUAUUUUAACCAAUAUUUCUGAAGUCCAUCAAAAUAUGGGCUACUGUCCUCAGUUUGAUGCAAUUGAUGAGCUGCUCACAGGACGAGAACAUCUUUACUUUUAUGCCCGGCUUCGAGGUGUACCAGCAGAGGAAAUUGAAAAGGUCGCAGACUGGAGUAUUAAGAGCCUGGGUCUGACUGUCUAUGCGGACUGCCUGGCUGGCACGUACAGUGGGGGCAACAAGCGGAAACUCUCCACAGCCAUCGCGCUCAUUGGCUGCCCACCGCUGGUGCUGCUGGACGAGCCCACCACAGGGAUGGACCCCCAGGCACGCCGCAUGCUGUGGAACGUCAUCGUGAGCAUCAUCAGAGAAGGGAGGGCAGUGGUCCUCACAUCCCACAGCAUGGAAGAAUGUGAGGCGCUGUGUACCCGGCUGGCAAUAAUGGUAAAGGGUGCCUUUCGAUGUAUGGGCACCAUUCAGCAUCUCAAGUCCAAGUAAGCAGAUGGUUGGGACAUGCCCCUUGUUGCCUUCUAUGAAUCCAACCGGACCCUAUGUUCUCCACUGACACUUGGAAGAGUCCUGCUGCCCUGGCAUCCCCUGGGGCAGAGGCAGGUGGUGGCUGGGUCUCAUUCUCCAGCAGCAGAUGGAGAAGGCCAUUAUGCUGAUGAGAAACUCCUCUAUAUUGGCCUAAUUUCCUGUGGUGGAAGAUUUGCCUAAGUCUCUGGUUGGGGGAUCCGAUCAGGAUGCAUGCACAGCCUGGCUGGGAUGAGGGAGGGCCACCACCAUGGCCUCAGUAUUCCACGACCAGAGCCUCAGUAUUCCACCACCAGAGCCUCAGUAUUCCACCAUCUCGGCCUCAGUAUUCCACCACCACGGCCUCAGUAUUGCACCACCUCAGUAUUCCCUGACCACGGCCUCAGUAUUCCACCACCAGGGCCUCGGUAUUCCUCCACCACCACGGCCUCAGUAUUCCACCAACAGAGCCUCAGUAUUCCACCACCACGGCC